CCCUUAAACAUUGCCUGAGCAAAGAAUCCAUUCUUUCAUGCAAACCCAUUAAUCCUAAGCAGUUAGUCAUGGCUACCAAACAUCAAGAAUUAUCUUUCCUGCUCUCCCUCCUGGUUCUCACCCUCCUCGUCGACAAGUCUCUCGCCGGCGGCAUCACAAUCUAUUGGGGUCAGAAUGGAUAUGAAGGCACCUUAAACGAAACCUGUGCAUCAGGUAACUAUGCCUAUGUAAACUUAGCUUUCCUCUACAAAUUCGGCGGCGGUCAGACCCCGGAGAUCAAUCUCGCCGGCCAUUGCAAUCCAGAUUCAGGUGGUUGCACCAUUGUAAGUAAUCAAAUUACUUAUUGCCAAAGUCUAGGCCUUAAGGUAAUGCUCUCUCUUGGUGGUGGUUCUGGAAACUAUACUCUAACCUCAAACCAAGAUGUCAAGGAUGUAGCAGAGUACCUGUGGAACAACUACCUUGGUGGUCAAUCAUCUUCUAGACCACUUGGUGAAGCUGUUCUUGAUGGUAUAGAUUUCGAUAUCGAGAUGGGAUCGACGGAAUACUGGGAUAAACUAGCUAGGUACCUCUGGAAAUAUAAUAAACAGGGGAGUAAGAAGAAAGUUUACUUAACAGCAGCACCACAAUGCCCUUACCCUGAUAAGUAUCUUGGAACUGCUCUUAAUACUGGUCUUUUUGACUAUGUUUGGGUUCAAUUCUAUAACAAUAAUCCUUGUGAAUACACUUCUGGUAAUGUUACAAAUCUUUUGAGUUCAUGGAACAAAUGGACAUCUACAGUUCCUGCUGGGAAAUUCUUCUUAGGUUUACCUGCUUCUUCUGAUGCAGCUGGUAGUGGAUUCAUUCCUGCAGAUGUGUUAACCUCCCAAGUACUUCCAGUAACUAAAGCUUCCUCUAAGUAUGGUGGUGUAAUGCUCUGGUCUAGAUAUUAUGAUCUUCAAAGUGGAUAUAGUUCCUCUAUUAAGAGCAGUGUAUGAAUUGGGUAUCUAUUUACUUGUGGGUUUCUGUAAUAAUCUAAGUUUGUUUCAGUUU